AUGACAGAGGUACACUCACAAAUUACAACAUCAGUAUCUUCACUGUUGGCCACUUCAUCACCAACAUCAUCAACAACAUCCACUGUGGCAGCUGUAUCUCUACCACUUAGCUGUAGCCAAGUGACCAACCACAACAACAACAACAACAACACGAACAUUGGCAAUGGAAAGCAAUUGCAGACCAAGGUAUUCAAUCAGAAUCAGAGACAUCCAACUGGUGGAUGGAAGUUUGUCGACGAGACAGAGUUAAAGAAGCAGAGAGGUGUUUGUUGGGAGCUACUAAAGAGUGUUGGAAACAGUCUGAUAGAGGGAAAGGAACUGGUCAACACAUGUUUGCCAAUAACAUUGUUUGAGCCUAGGUCAUUCUUGGAGAAACUCACUGAUGUAUGGUCAUACGCUCCAGUCUACUUGCCAAGGGCUGCCGCAACAUCUGAUCCAUUGGAGAGGAUGAACAAUGUGGUGGCCUUUGCAAUCUCUGGCAUAUAUCUCACAAGCACAUUGGCCAAACCAUUCAAUCCCCUGCUUGGCGAGACAUUCCAAGGUCACUAUCCUGAUGGCACUCAAGUGUUCUGCGAGCAGACGUCACAUCAUCCACCAAUCAGUGCAUGGCAGAUACAGGGCAAUGGUUUCCAUUACCAUGGUCAAGGAUUGUUCUCUGCAUCGUGUCGUGGCAACGUGGUCAAGGCCAAUCAGAAGGGCAUUCACACAAUCAACUUUAGUGAUGGAGGUACGAUCACCUACACUGUGCCAGAGAUCUUUAUCAAAGGUAUCUUCUGGGGCGACCGAAUCACAGACUUUGGAGGCAAGGUACUAUUCAACGAUGAGAAGAACAAACUAUGCUGUGAGGUCACAUUCAAUCCAACUGCACUUGGCUUCGUACGUAGUAUAUUCUCCAAGCAGAAGGAGCCGUCGGACUUCUUCCAAGGACAUAUAUUCAGAACAGGUGUGACUCCUCAACCAGCCACAACUACAUCCUCACAUGGCAAGGACAAGGACAAGAAGAAGUCAACAUCAGAUUCAACCACUGAGUUGAUUUGUGAGGUGGAGGGAUCAUGGCUGUCACAACUCACAAUUGGCAACAAGGUCUAUUGGGAGUUGAACAUGGUGCCACCUGGAUUGAUCUAUGAUGAGUCACCUUUGCCAACUGAUUGUCGAUACAGAGAGGACUUGCGAUACCUCAAAGAGGGUAACAUCGAGAAGGCCAAAGAGUACAAAGCAUUGAUUGAGGAUCGACAGAGGAAUGAGGCCAAACUGAGAAAGGAUGGUCACAAGGCAUCAAAGAGCAAGCGUUGA